AUGGCUGCUCCGCCCACUGGCCCCAAGAGCGGGCUAUCUCUUUACGCUAACCUCCUUGAUCCCUCCGAUGCUUCCUCCGGCUCCAAUACCAUCUCUCGCGCGCCGGUGGUGUUCAAGCAGGCCGCCGAUGGUGGCUCUCAAGAAGAUGACGCAGCUUCAAAGAAGCAGCAGAUAAGUGCUGCCUCUUUACGAUUUCAACCCACCAAGAGGCCUCAAUUACCCUCUCAAAAACUCAAAGCGAAGCCCGCCAUACCCAAGCCUCCUGUGGUCUCUGCGGCGACAAGUCCAGCAAACCACAGUACGACAUCGGGCCCGGCAGCAGAUACAAUCCGACCUCCGGCCAAAACUACCCUUGCGGAUUGGGCUGCAACAGCGGAGGACGAUGACAUCAAUGGAUUCUAUGGGGAGAAACGACAGCGUGGCGGCCGAAAAAGGCGCAAGAAAAACCGGGAUGCGGAGGUGGUUUACAAUUGGGACGAUAUCUAUGAUCCUUCCCGCCCAAACAGCUACGAUGCCUAUAGGCAUAGCGAAGAGAAGAUAAGGGAAGUUAGAGAAUGGAAAGAUCGCUUAUAUGCUCACCGGAUGGCAAGGAGAACGAGUAGCGAGGUCGAAAGCGACGACGAGUAUCGAAGGAGACCUAUGAACAGUUCGUCUCGGCUUUCUCUUUCACGCGUCAAUUUGUUCGGCUGGGUAAUCAAUGUUUUGCUGACGCCUCUAUUAGAGCAAUUUGCGCCGCCAAAACAGUUUGCGCCCCCACCUAAUCUCAACGACAUACCCCGCCAACCAUCUGCGCCCAAUUCUCCAGUCACUGAAGUUGCUCCACCACCUGCGGCGCCUCUCCCGGAUGAUCAAACCGGUGAAGAUGCAUUUGCGCGGCGCCUUCGGCUAAGUCAGAAUACGGGUCAGGAACCAAGUAUGGCACCAGUGCAACCUCCUUCCCUUCCCCCGCCACCACCUCCACCUGAAGACAUACCCUCUGUGCCGACGCCCAAAGAAGUAUACUCCGCCGCAACAAUUUCGCGUGCACCUGUUCGCUAUACUUUGCCCCCUGCUCCAGAAGACAUACCUGCAACUGAGGAGGAGCUGGAAGCCACUUUUGCCAAGGAAACAGAGGAAGUACCAGAAGAAGACGCGCCCCGAUCUCUCCGGCCAGGGCAAAAGGGAUUUGCCGAACGUCUUCUAGCAAAGUACGGAUGGACGAAAGGAUCGGGUUUAGGCGCUAGCGGAACCGGGAUAAUCAAUCCGCUGCAGGUCAAGGUUGAAAAGCAAAAGAAAAGACCUGAUGCCGAGGGUGGGGGUUUCGUCACUCCCGCAGGACGAGGGAAAAUCAUCGGCGGAAAACAGAAGAAGCAAGACGAGGGCAAGUUUGGGGCGAUGAGCGAGGUUAUAGUGCUGCAUGGGAUGGUGGAUGGGAUGGAUCUGAAUGCAGAGCUGGAAGCUGGAGAGGACGGUGGACUAAUUCAAGAAAUCGGGGAGGAAUGUGGCGAAAAGUAUGGUCGUGUGGAGAGGGUAUUUGUCGAUCGCAAUAGCGAAGGCCAAGUGCCCGUUUUCGUGAAGUUUACAAACCAGCUAUCUGCUUUGCGGGCUGUGAAUGCCCUCGAAGGCCGUGUAUUCAAUGGAAAUACGAUUACGGCACGUUUUUUUGACGUCGAGAAGUUUGAAGAGGGAAUAUACAAGUAA